AUUAAGGAACACCUUUUAGACUUUUAGUCAUUCUACAUUUCUCCUGUCACUUUUUUUAACCUUUCAAAGGCAACUUUACUUCACUUCACCGGAGCGUUUCUCCCGUUAACAUCUCCGGCGGUUCUUUUUUAGAUUGCCCGGAGAGUUUGUCCUUCGUCAAUUCCGCUCUAACUAAGCUUAUCAAGGGAAGAAGAAAGAGAAGAAGAGCAAAAAAUGGAGAAUAAUAAUAAUAAUAAUGGUGGAAUUUUAUCAGAGUUCGACCUCUCGUUUUUGCCUAUGGACUACGUAGCAGAUAUCAUAGCGUUGGCAUCCCCUAGAGAUGCAUGCAGUGCAUCAAUGGUUUCAAGGGUUUUCAAAUCUUCAUCAGAUUCUGAUACUGUCUGGGAAAAAUUCCUGCUUUCUGAUUACCAACAGAUUCUCUCUAAGUCCGUUGAUACUCCUCCCUGGAACUAUGCAUCUCCAAUAAAGAGUUGUUCUUCAACCUUCCCACUUCCCAGUUCUCUGAAGUGGCUGAGUUGGAAAGUGUUUGGUGGCUCAACAUUCAAGGCAGGACGCAGACUUCAUAUGCUGUCUUUGAAGACAACUUAUGCUGCUUACCUUGUAUUCGGAAUCACAAAGGAUUCCAUUGGUCUUGGACAGGUUGCAGAGGCAUCUGUUCGGUUUGCUGAUAUGUUUACCGUCAGUGAGCCUGGGAUGAAUUCCAUGCAGCCUGCGCAUCCCAUCGAGGACAGGAUGGACGGCCAGAUUGCAUACGAAGGCAGGGUUGCACAGGCUAGAAAAGAUGGAUGCAGGGAAAUUCUUCUGGGGGAGUUUUUCAAUAAUAAUGGUGGAGAUGAGACUGUGUUGAGACUUUCACAAACAACCACUUUGAACACGAAAAGAGGGCUGAUUUUAGAGGGCAUUGAGCUCCCACCUAGGGAAGCAUGAUCAAGAUUCAGACUCCAUGUCGGAAAAAAGAGUAAUAUGCUUAUUGUACUUAUAUUUGUGAGAGAACUAAGCAUCCAUAUACAUAUUGACGUAAAGGCCAAUACAUCUGC